CCACAGAGAAAUUUCCAGAACACCACCUUUCAUAUCUUAACCAUCUCGUCCCUCACCUCAACCACCAAAACCAAGCACGUCAUCUCCCAAAGAAAAAGAAAGGCAUAACAUGCGCAUGUCCCGCGCAACAACCCUCCUCAAGCUCCUUCUAGGUCUUCGAACCGCGACAUCAACAUCGACGUCAACCACCACGUCAACCACCUUAAUAGCUCAGUCCCCUGCAUCAUACCUCUUCGCGCAGUGCCACGCGACAAAUCUCUACUCCCACUACAACCUUGGAAAGCCAUCGACGUAUUUUUACACAACAAUGUCCGCUUCCGACUCCAAUUUAGGACAGCCUCAAGACCAACCCUCCGAAACUUCCGAGAAGAAGCCUAUCCUCGCCCUUCCUUCCGCCUCACCCGACAACGAUACCACCCAGUUAGACGUCAAUGGCGACGGGGUGAAACUCGACCAUCUUGGUCCGUUAGUAGUUAACUCGGACGGCACGCUCUCGCGGAUCGCGAACUGGGCGCAGAUGACGGAAAUUGAGAGGCGGAAUACACUCAGGGUGUUGGGGAAGAGAAAUAGAGAAAGGAGAGAGAAGUUGAUGGAGGAGGGUCAGGGUCAAGAACAAGGCUAAGAGGGCGAGGCAGCGAAGGUGGAGUAGGUGAGUUUAGGUGUGUCUGCUGGACGGCCAGACCAUGGAGAUGCACCUAGAUGCUACGUGUAUAUUGACUUUGAUAUAAUUAUGGCAAGCAAGCGGUGGUUUUACUC